UCCCGCGCCGCGGCCGCCUAGUCCACCAGCUCGUCUGCUCUCGCGCGCAGGGCCAGCAGCCACGACGCCAGAGCGCCCGGCUCCGUCGCCGCGGCCCCGGCAGGCCCCAUACUGUAGAGUACAGUUUAGCUGACAGCCUCUUCCACUGUGACUCCCCCUUCACGGUGUCCUGCUUGGUGGACUUCAGAGCCAUGGCCACGGAGGAGAAGAAGCCAGAGACAGAGGCUGCAAGAGCACAGCCCACUCCUUCCUCAUCAGCCACACAGAGCAAGCCCACACCUGUUAAGCCAAACUAUGCCUUGAAGUUCACUCUGGCUGGGCACACGAAAGCUGUGUCCUCUGUGAAGUUCAGCCCCAAUGGGGAAUGGCUAGCAAGUUCCUCUGCUGAUAAACUCAUUAAAAUUUGGGGAGCAUAUGACGGAAAGUUUGAGAAAACCAUAUCUGGUCAUAAGCUGGGAAUAUCUGAUGUAGCCUGGUCAUCAGAUUCUAACCUCCUUGUGUCUGCCUCUGACGAUAAAACUUUGAAGAUUUGGGACGUGAGUUCUGGAAAGUGUCUGAAGACGCUGAAGGGCCACAGUAACUAUGUCUUCUGCUGCAACUUCAACCCCCAGUCCAACCUCAUCGUCUCAGGGUCUUUUGAUGAAAGUGUGAGGAUAUGGGACGUGAAGACAGGGAAGUGCCUCAAGACUUUGCCUGCCCAUUCGGACCCAGUCUCAGCUGUUCAUUUUAACCGUGAUGGAUCGUUGAUUGUUUCCAGUAGCUAUGAUGGCCUCUGCCGAAUCUGGGACACAGCCUCAGGCCAGUGUCUGAAGACACUCAUUGAUGAUGACAAUCCUCCAGUGUCCUUUGUGAAGUUCUCUCCAAAUGGCAAAUACAUCCUGGCUGCAACUUUGGACAACACACUGAAGCUCUGGGACUACAGCAAGGGGAAGUGCCUGAAGACGUACACUGGCCACAAGAAUGAGAAGUACUGCAUAUUUGCCAACUUCUCUGUGACAGGCGGGAAGUGGAUCGUGUCUGGUUCUGAAGAUAACCUGGUGUAUAUCUGGAAUCUGCAGACCAAGGAGAUUGUACAGAAGUUGCAGGGUCACACAGAUGUUGUGAUUUCCACGGCUUGUCACCCGACGGAGAACAUCAUUGCCUCAGCAGCAUUAGAGAAUGACAAAACAAUCAAACUGUGGAAGAGUGACUGCUAAGUCCUGGCUCCACGAGAGACUUCAGGAAGCCACCCAGAUUGGCAAGAGACGCAUGUGGGGCAGAGGUGUGGGGCCAGCCUGGAGUGACAGGCCUGGUACACCUCCUCUCUGAAGAUGUUGGUUCAGGAGCGUGCUCACUACCGAGUCUUGAUAGCCACUGUGAUAUUUCUUGCCAAUUCUUUUCCUGCCUGGGGUAGUUCCUGGUCUGUUCUGUGCUCAGAGGCAACAAAUUUUUAAUUUUUUAUUACAAGAAUGAGUUCAACUCAUCAGUUGUUUUUCCCUGUAAUUGUUCUGUAUCUUUUUGGUAUUGUAUUGCCCAGUGCACACACUGGAACAGGACCUGCAGCCCUACUCCCGUUCCCUUCUCCAGCCCUGGCCUGCUUGUUCAAGUUCCCUGCCUGUAAUAGUACCCAGAAUGUUUCCAGGACUUUCCAGAAACACAGAAAGGUUGUAAGUUGUACCGUGUCAAGUCCCUUUGUACUUUUGGAGUCCAUAGGUCAACACUGACCUCUCAGUGGUUGCCCAGUGUCCCCUCGUCUCACUGGUAUCACUAAGUAAGCUGCACACACUGUAAUGAAAGGUGGGUUUGGACUGUGGUGGCCCUGAGUUCUGACCAGAGCUGUCCUCCUUGACUUUUAGAAAGCUCUCCUUGGGGUAGGGUUGGAAAGGUCUCUGGCAAGAUGGAUCCUCGCUGUGCCUCUUCUUCCCGGUGCCUGCUGAGGAUGCGGAGUGAGGAAGAGCUGCAGUUGAAAAAGUGCAAGUCUUGGAUAGGCACCAUAUAGGGCGAUUCUGGUCCCCUUGGUGCUGGGUGAGGCUCAGGGUCAUCUGUGCAGAAGGGAGGGUUCCAUUUGGUGCUUGCCCCAACAGGUACAGCCUUGGCCUCUGAACCCACAGUCUCUCCUAGCCCCUGCUCCAAGUGGAUCCUCUGGUGUGCUUCUGGGUGAUAAGGACUGGCAAGGACUUGGCCAGCUACGGCCAAGCUCAGAGCUGCACAGCAUUUUCAUAACUGCUGCUGGCUGAACCCAGGCUAGCCUAACUUGGAACAGAGUACAGAGGUCCUAUAGUUGUUUCCAGAUGAGUGGGUGAGGCUGUUGAGCACAGGCUGUGGCCCUGACAGCUCUU